AUGUCGAAACAGGCAAUGGAGAGUGCUCUUGGCGCCGAGCACCACGAGUACCUCGUUCAGAAACAUGGUACAACAGAGCUGAAUCCCGUGCCGCACAUGGACGAUGCAGAUCCACUAAACUGGCCGAAAUACAAGAAAAUCACCAACCUGGCACUGGUGUCGUUUAACGCCAUGAUGGCCCUCUUCACAGCCGCGUCUAUCCAAGCUGCCUUUGUGGACAUAUCCAAAGAUUUGGGCGUGAGCGUCCAGCGCGCCAGCUAUCUCACCUCGUUGUUCAUCGCCAUUAUUGGUGCUGCGCCGCUGUUCUGGCGUCCAUUGUCACAUACCUAUGGCCGACGGCCGAUUUUCCUCGUCUCCCUGCUGUGCAGUCUCGUUGGUAAUGUUGGCUGUGCGGUGAGUCCGACGUACGCAACUAUGGGGUUGUGCCGUGCCAUUACGGCCUUCUUCAUCAGUCCUGCUAGUUCCAUUGGCAGUGCCGUGGUGUCGGAGUCGUUCUUCCGCCAUGAGAGGGGGCGGUACAUCGGUAUUUGGACAGUCAUGGUGACGCUUGGUGUGCCUGUUGCGCCGCUCGUGUUUGGAUUCGUAGCCUUUAGAGUCGGAUACCGCUGGAUAUACUGGACUCUUGCCAUUACAAACGCCGUCCAGUUCCUGCUAUAUAUGUUCCUCGGCUCCGAAACCCGCUACGUCCCCAACGCAAAACCACUCCAUCAGUACUCCCGCGUCCGCCAACUCUUUGGCCUCUACCGCAUCGACCCCUCGCCCUUGGACCCCAAAUCCUUCAUCUCCCCCCUCAGAUUCACAUUCCGCAUCUGCGUCAGCCUCGCCGCCGUCUCCUACGCCAUGAUCUUCCUCUGGGGCUGCGUAAUGACAUCCCUCGAGAUGCCGCAGAUCUUCCCCGAAAAGUUCGGCCUCAACACCGAGCAAGUCGGUCUCCAGAACAUCGGCCUCAUAGUCGGCACCAUCCUCGGCGAGCAGAUUGGCGGCUUCGCCUCCGACAAGUGGAUGUGGACGCGGGAGCUCAAGGGACGCCGGCCGGACCCGGAGUUUCGUCUGUGGCUCAGCCACAUUGGCCACUUGUUGACGAUUUGUGGUGUUGUCGUGUUCUUCGUGCAGUUGGACAGGGCGUCGGACACCUGGAAUGUCACGCCUGUGGUGGGAACGGGGAUUGCGGCCGCGGGAAAUCAGAUUGUCACGACGGUCAUGAUUACGUAUGCGGUGGAUUGCUAUCCCGAGGAUGCGGCGGGGAUUGGGGUGUUUGUCACGUUGGUGAGGCAGACUUGGGGGUUUAUAGGGCCGUUUUGGUUUCCGCAGAUGAUUGAGAAUAUUGGGUAUGCGAGGUCUACGGCGGUUUCGACGGCCAUGAUUGUGGGAGUGUCGAUCUUGCCGACGGUUUUGCUGCAGUGGAGGGGGAGGCUUUGGCGCGGUAGGGGGGACGAGAAGGGGGAGAUGUAA